AUGAACGAGCAACCGAUGCUGCGCGGCAUCUUUGCGUUCGAGGACGAGGAGACUCCCGAGUGGCGUCGCGUCGUCAUGUCCGAGACCUCCAGUGGCGUGCCCAAGUUCGCGACCAAGACCGAGUGCGAGGCCUUUAUCCGUCGCCACUGCUGGCGGGGCUCGAACCCGGACUUCCCCAAGCUCCAGCACGUCUUCUCACUGCUCGUGGACUGGAAGCAGAUAACCGACAUCCUCCUCCCCAAGAUCAAAGAGUACGACCUCAAGUACCCCGUGGGGUCCACGCCCCCUCUCAGUGCGGACAACCGCUUUGCACAGGGCGAAGGCCUUCCCAUCGCCGAGGGCGUCGACUAUCGCGUGAACAUGCCCUUCCACCAGCAAACGAACCGCGAGUCGACGGUCAAUACGCUGCACUAUCUGUUCUUCCACAUGCGGUGCGGCAUUUUGGUGAUGAUCCGUCGGCGGCGGUUGGUGAUUUUUGCGCCCUUUGCAAACAAAGACUACGUCAACAACUGGGGACAGCACGUGACGGUCGACAGCUCGGACGGCACCUUGUCUGCGUACUAUCGCGAGAAACGGCAUUUCUACCGGCGGGAGAAUAUUAUCCCAGACGUCAACAAGUGGUGGGCAAAUGGCAACAUCAUUUGCAACGAGCACUGCCGGUAUCGCAAUAAAGAAGAUGAGACGCAGUACUGGGGCGAUCAGUUUCUCACUCAACUGCGCGACAUGCUGGAGGAUGCAUGCAAGCACCGGAAUAUCGCAGACUGUGAGUUCUUUAUCAACAAGCGCGACUACCCGCAUUUGAAGGAAAACCUGACCGAACCCUACGGAUUCCUGUUUGACAAGAAUGACCGAAAUCCAGAUGAGGACAUCCCCCUUACUGAGCACCUCUACGCCACGUAUGCUCCAAUCAUGAGCUUUUAUGUAUCCAAGCGCUUCGCAGACAUUCCAUUUCCAUGUUCAGAGGACUGGGAAGCAGCUACGGGACUGGUAUUUCCGCAGUCAUUCCGACAUACUCAUUGUGAUCAGUGCCCGUGUCGCAACCCAGUGCAUUGCGAAAAUGACUGGGAGUGUUUUUGCAAGGCAGGUGCGAACGGCCGGAAAAGACACGGUAUUGAGGGUGCGCGCGACCUGUUCACGGCCAACAACUUCCAAAAGUUUUACAAGCCAUGGCACGACAAGGUAAACACAGCAUUUUUUCGUGGUAGUGCAACGGGUGGUGGCACCACUAUCGAAACCAAUCAGCGCCUUCACUUGGCACACCUCUCCAAUACGUGGAAGAAAGAUCCAACGAUGAAUGGUGAAGCCGAAAGAGAUGCUGGAGGAGGGGACGACGCCAACGAAGAAUUAGUACCGCUACUGAAUGCGGAAGUAACGACGUGGAACCUCCGCGAUAAGAAGAUAGCUGGCAAGCCGAUAACGUUCUUGCGCCACGAGGACUUAAUUUUCGAGGGAGGGCGUCAGCAUUUCAUCCCUAUCUAUGAGCAGUCCAAGUUUAAGUACAUUUUGUACGUUGAAGGCCAUUGCGCUGCAAACCGUUACGCCUUCUUGAUGCGCCUGGGUAGCGUGAUUCUGAAGGUCGAGUCACGCUGCGUUGCCGACGAGAUGUGGUACUACCCGGUUCUCAAACCGUUCGAAGACCACGUGCCCGUCCGAGCGGAUCUGUCGGACUUGGCCGAGAAGAUUCGAUGGUGCCGCGAAAAUGACAUAAAGUGUGAACAGAUUGCGGCUCGUGCGAAUGAGCUCUAUGAAAAGUUUAUUUCGAAAGAAGCUAUUCACGACUACGUGGAGGUGAUCUGCAAUCGGGUCGCUCAGCGCUUCCAGGCGGCACCAAUAUGGUACAAUCGUCCAGAGGGAGUUGAAUCGAUGAAAAAGCCUGACUUUGGCCGCUGCCGCGGUAUGUGCGUUGGCGGCGCAAGUGCGCGCUAUUGUAAGCGCUGUAUUGAGAUGAAAGAAGACGAUGACGAAGCUCGUGCAAAGUGGAAGCGCGAGCGCGAAAAUACACGCAGUGACGAGUUUGCGGACCAACGUCGUGGAAGGCAUCGCCGCAACGAGCACGGCCGUGAUCGUGGUCGUAGUCGCAGUCGUAGUCGCAGUCGUGAUCGCUACAACCGCAGUGGCAGUCGGGGAAAUGACUACAGUCACAACCGCGGCUACGGUGUCCGUUCAGACAACGACAGGAACCGCCGUGAUGACAACGAUAGUAGCCCGAAGCAGCAGCGUGUACAACAAUGCCGGAAAUGCCGUCGUGCGAAGUCCGCCUGUCAGUGCAGUUUUCGUGGUCGUUAG